GAUCCACGCGAUGCUGAUGAUGCCGUUAAACAGCUCAAUGGGUAUGAGUUAGAUGGCGCUCGAAUUGCUGUAGAGUGGUCCCGCCGAUCUGGUGGCCCCGGAAGCGGAUGUUUCUUAUGUGGUGGACAGGGCCAUUGGGCUAGGGAAUGUCCGGAUGCUAGAGAAAAGGGUAUGGAUGUUAGAAGUGGUCGCUGCUUUCGAUGUGGUGAAUUAGGUCAUUUGGCUAAAUACUGCAGAGGUGGCGGUGAUUAUGAUCGUAGAGCUCCAUCCCCUCGUUAUCGGGGUCGUUCUCCAUAUUAUGGAGGCCGUGGCGGUGGUUAUUACGAUGAUUACGAUCGUUAUCGUCGAAUCUCUAGGUCUCCACCUGCAUACGGUGGUUCAGGUAGUGGUUCUUAUGGUCCGCCAAGAAAUCGUUCAAGGAGCCCCGUCUAUAGACGAAGUCAAAGCCCUUAUGGAUAUAAUGAUUAUAGAAGAAGUCCAAGUCCUUAUGGAAAUGUUUCUGGAUUAGUGGAAAGCGUUUUAAAUUUGAGGAGAGAUGUUGGGUAUACGAGAACUUGUUGA